CACUUGCAUGACUGGGCCUCACUAAGCUAGAGCUCCAUUGACUAAGAACGUCUCCCCCCCAAAUUCUAGCGGGGACCUUGCAACCAACGUAGCCCAGACUUCUACUCCUACUCAUCAUCAUUUGGUUUGAGGCCAUAAAACCAAAUAUUCCUUAAGCCUUUGCGCAAAUCCUCAUAUCCUCUAUCGAAACGACAUCCUACUACCGCCCAUCAUGUCGUUCAGCGGACGCAAGUUCUCUAUCAACCGCCAUACUGGCGAGCCCAAGCCAAAGAUGCUUGCCCGCCGUUUCAGUACCACCGAGCCUUCUACGAACGAAUUCCAAUCCAAGGUUCAUCGUCAGUUCCGAAGCGCCCAUGAAGGUCACAUGCCCCACGCUGGUCUCGAUGCCAGCCGAUCGUCCACUGGUGUUAUCUGGUGUACAGAACGAGCCUCCGAGUAUGGCUACCUUGAGAACCCUGAUUCAUGGGCCAACCUUGGCCAGGGUGCCCCUGAGGUAGAGGAUGAUAUCGAGGGCUGCUUCCCCCGACCUGAGACCAUCAACAUCUCCAUGGCUGGCCGUGAGUACGGUCCUACAGCUGGUAUCAAGCCCCUGAGAGAGGCUGUUGCCAAGCUCUACAACGAGGCCCACAGAAAGGGAAAGGAGAGCCAGUACACCUGGGAGAACGUUGCUAUCGUCCCUGGAGGUCGUGCCGGUCUCAUCCGUAUCGCUGCUGUCCUGGGUAACUCAUACCUGUCUUUCUUCUUGCCUGACUACACGGCCUACAAUGAGAUGCUGAGUCUCUUCAAGAACUUCGCCGCUAUUCCCGUGCCCCUAUCUGAAGAGGAUGGCUAUCACAUUCAUCCCGACAAGAUUGCCGAGGAGAUUGCUCGCGGUACUUCCGUUAUUCUCACCUCAAACCCCCGUAACCCCACUGGUCGUGUCAUCCAAAAUCCCGAGUUGGCCGAAAUCCAGGACCUUUGCCGAGAGAGGGCAACCUUCAUCUCAGACGAGUUUUACUCUGGAUAUAACUACACUUCCAAUUGCGAUGGCACAACGAUUAGUGCAGCAGAGAAUGUUGAUGACGUCGACGAAGACGACGUUCUGAUUAUUGAUGGUCUCACCAAGCGCUUCCGCUUGCCAGGAUGGAGAAUUGCUUGGAUCCUGGGACCCAAGGAAUACAUUAAUGCCAUUGGAUCAUGUGGUUCAUACCUCGACGGUGGUGCUUCUCAUCCUUUCCAGGAAGCUGCUAUUCCUAUGCUCGAGCCAAGCCUCGUUCAGAAUGAGAUGAUUCACCUUCAGUCUCACUUCAGGGACAAGCGUGAUUACGUCGUUCGACGUCUUCGCGAGAUGGGCUUCAUCAUCAAGUAUGUGCCUGACUCGACUUUCUACCUCUGGCUCAACCUCGAGGGUCUCCCCGAAACUAUUGCCGACGGUCUCAACUUCUUCCAGGCCUGUCUGGAGGAGAAGGUCAUUGUGGUGCCUGGUAUCUUCUUUGAUCUCAACCCUUCGCGUCGUCGUGACCUUUUCGACUCCCCUUGCCAUCACUUUGUGAGACUUUCAUACGGUCCUCGCAUGGAUGUCCUUAAGAUGGGAAUGGACGCCAUUGAGCGUGUUGUUCAGAAGCACCGUAAGAUGAACUAAGCAACCUCUUAAAUCUAGCAAAAGUUAGAAGUGUGCGAGGACGUCUCUUAUGUAGUAUUACGAACGUCAUGCAUUGAAGAUGUGUGGUUUAGACCAAUGAGUCAAGUUAGGGGCCACGACCUGAAGUUGAAGUAAACACCUCUUUAUAGAUCAAGGGGUCUAGAUGGCUCUUGUUAAAUACUUAUUGCGCAAUUGUAUAUCUGCCGUUAUC